UCUUUCACGGGUGUGUCAGCGGCCGCGGCUUUAACGUCAAUGAAAUCAUCAUCUCACCUCUUCGCUGAAACUAUCAGAUUUCAAAUCAAGGUGACAGCUCCAUCGGUGCCUCAUCCACGCGUGGAACGUGCAUGAAUUGGGAUGUCCGCGACCGACUGGUACGCUCACAAGUCGCUCGGAGACGGUCUCUACUGGAUCCAGGAACGGUUCUUCCAGUCGCCGAACCGGGCUAACAUAUGGCUAAUACGAGGCUCCCACCAGGACCUGGUGAUCGACACGGGACUCGGGCUGAGGAGCCUUCCGGACUACAUCGAUAGCAUGGGGCUGCUGGGCAAGGACCCUCAGCGGAAGAACCCGCUGCUGGCCAUCGUCACCCACGCCCACUUCGACCACUCGGGCGGCCUGCAUCAGUUCCAACAGGUGGGCGUCCACAGCGCUGAGGUGGAGGCGCUGGUCAACGGGGACAACUACGAGACGGUCACCUGGCUCCGUGACCAUGAGAUCACCGAACUUCCCAGUCCCGGCUGGAGGGCCAGGCAAUAUAGAGUCAAGGCCGUGCAGCCCACGCACAUCUUGCAAGAAGGUGACGUCAUCAACCUGGGCGACCGGCAGCUGACCGUACUUCACAUGCCAGGCCACUCCCGGGGCAGCAUCUGCCUCCACGACGGCGACAACAAGCUGCUGUUCAGCGGCGACGUGGUGUACGACGGUUCCAUGAUCGACUGGCUGCCCUACAGUCAGGUCGGCGAUUACAUCAGCAGCUGCGAGCGCCUCAUGGGCCUGGUGGACAGCGAACAGGUGGAUCAAGUCCUGCCAGGUCACUACAACACCUUCGGCGCCAAACGCCUCCACCGCAUCGCCAGCUCGUACAUCAGCAGAGCGGGAACGUGCAACGGGAAGCUGUACACUUGGGCCUGGAAGACGGCGUCCACCGUGGCGCUCGGGGUGACCCACCCGCGCCGCAGCUGCUGAUUGGACGCACACGUGCACAGAACAUUUCUUCAAUAACGGUUGCCAAACGUAGAUGUCGCCAUCGGAUCACAUGAAUGAAGCGUACUGAUGCUCUGAUGAUUUCAAUAUGUUUUGCCUGAGGUUAAUAUACAGUAACUUGUUGCACCGUAAUUUUCGGACUAUAAGUCGCACCGGAGUAUAAGUCGCAUCAGCCAUAAAAUGCCCAAAAAAGUGAAAAAAAAACAACAUAUAUGUAUAUAAGUCGCUCCUGAGUAUAAGUCGCCCCCCCCACCCAAACUAUGAAAAAAACCCGCGACUUAUAGUCCGAAAAUUACGGUAUGUAUUAUUAUUUUUUUCAUUUAUGUAUUGCACAUGAGAAGUUUUAAUAGCACAAGCACUGAGGUAUUGAAGCAACGUCAAGAUGGCCGUAGUACUUGUCUAUGCAUACAAGCCACAUCUGCUACCUCCCAUGUUCGUAACAGUGCUUUAUACUAUUGAAGGCUCGGCUGUCAAUAAAGCCUCCGACCUGUA